AGUGAUUUGGCCUACAUAUGCACUAAUCAGCAAGCAAAACAAAAGCAACCCCACCUAGUGACCAUGAAUUAUUUGCCUAUAUAAACCUCCUUCUUCACCUUUCAAACUCAUCCUGCAUAUCUGCAACAAAACAACCUUAAUUGCUUCUACUUCUCUCACGUUAACCAUGGAGUUCUCAGAGGCCAACAAUGUUCUUUUGAUGUCACUGAUGGAAGAAACAAAGGAAGAAGAGUACUAUGAUGGUGAUGAUAGACUUGUGAGCAUGAUUCAGUCAUUGGAGGCAGAGAUCAGUGACACUGAAAUACCUCAAAUGGAUGAUCAAGAUUGCUCCACGUCAGACAGUGAGCCUGAUCAUUGGGAUGACAUCAACAUCAUCUCUUCUUUGCCCUUUGAUGAGAUGAAUGCAUGGAUCCCUUGUGGAGAUGAGAUCAUGGACCAUUCAUCAAUGGAAUAUGAAGAUGCAACUUAUAUUCAAGAUUUUCAGUUCAGCUAUGGAGUUUUCUUCGACCAACAUUAUUUGGCACAAGGGCCAACUGAUGUAGUUUUCUGAAAUCAAUUUAGUAUUCCCAAAGAAAAUUUGUGAAUGUGUCCAUCACUAAUUGUACAUGUUAUUCCCAAAAUUAAUGAGAGCAUAUUCAAUAAAACUAAAUGCUUUUGAAUUGAA